GUUGAAAACGUGGUUUCCGCUCAGGGUAACGGCGUGAGAUGCAGCCGGGUAGCGGAGACAUGGCUCUUAACGCAGAGGACGAUGACUUCGAGUGGGAGCCCCCCUCGGAGGCGGAGAUGAAGGUGAUCCAGGCCCGGCGGGAGCGACAGGACAAGAUCAGCAAGCUGAUGGGAGACUAUCUGCUGAAGGGCUACAAGAUGUUGGGGGAGUGCUGCGAACAGUGCGGGACAAUUCUCCUGCAGGACAAACAGAGGAAGAAUCACUGUGUGGCGUGCCAGGAGCUGGACUCUGAUGUGGACAAGGACAACCCAGCACUGAACCCCCAGGCUGCCCUUUCGCAGGUGAGGGAGCGACAGCUGGCCUCUCAGCCCCUCCCCCAGGUGAACGGAGCCCCUCCCAGUGACUCCUCCCCCUCUGUUCCCGGCCUGCCACGCCCGGAGCACUGCGAGGGCGCGGCCUCAGGGCUGAGAGGCCCACAGCCCGCCCAGCCCAGCCUGGCCUCCUCCCUCCCCGGCCCCGCCGCACCCCUCCCAGCCCCCGCCUCCUCCGUCCACCCGGGCCAAUCGGCAGUGCCCCUGCCUGGCCACGCCCACCACCCCGCCAUGUUCUGCGCGCAGGAGGCGGUGCUGCAGAAGAUGCGCUGGGCCACGCAGGAGCUGCAGCGGGCGUCCUCGGUGGAGGCCAGCAUCCAGCUGUGCAGCCUGAUCCGCAGCUGCGCAGACUCCCUGCGCAGCCUGAAGGAGCUGCAGCUCUGCUGAGACUGACGCAGCCGUGCGGCCGGGGGGGGUCCUCUCCGCAGGGCCGGGACGGCCGGGGGGGGUCCUCUCCGCAGGGCCGGGACGGCCGGGGGGCUCAUACUGCUAAAGGUUAUUUUAAUAAAAAGGAGUGCUGUCUGUUUUCAUUUGUGCCAGAUGGUUUCGCUAGCUGGGUCUGGUAGACGGAUUCACUGCUGUUUGGAUGCUGCAUGCUCCUCACUCUCUCUCUCCGUGUUCGGUCGGGUGUUCUGACAGAGGGAGGCAGUAUCUGUGAGUUAGGGAGAGCGGUGAGCUAAUUCCCAUCAUUCUCAGCAUGUUUCCCCUCCUGAGGGAGGACUCACCGUGACGCACUCCUCUGUUUCUGUAUUACCAGUUUAAAGUUGCUGGAAUGAAGGGGGGUUGAGGUUUGAGUCACAGUUCAGUUCCCAACAGUACAGAUUUCAUUUUCCCAAGAGUAAGUGAUGUGAACAAACAAGUUAUUUUGAUUUACUUUAAAAUGGCGGCUAUCCAUAUGAUUUCAGACCUGUAUUCACCUGGAAAAUGAGCCACUCAAAGUGUGUACCUUCACUGUCAGAACCUGCCUGAAGGAAACUGGAGUGAAACCAGCUGAUGAUGUGUAUAUAUAAUGCCACUGAUCAUUAAACCUGAU